CAAAAUGGCGCUUGUGAUGCGCUAAUCGGUUUGGAAAUUAACAGUGAACUGUCACUGCAACACUAUCCAUGCAGGGGCGUAGAGCUAAGUAGUUGAUUAUGUAUUAAAAUAGUUCAGCGAUGUAUCUCCUGUGCACGAUCGCGGCUUCCCUAAUUUGCUUUUUGUUGUUAAAAUGGUUGAAAGUUAGGAGGUUAUGCAUGGACUUGAGCAGACUGGACGGAAAGACUGUCCUCAUCACAGGAGGAAACUCGGGAAUCGGCAAGGAAACGGCCGUGGCUUUGGCCUUGCGAGGGGCGCGGGUGAUCAUAGCAUGCCGGGACCCCGAGAGGGCAGCGAAGGCCGUCAGGGAGAUCAAGAUGAGAAGCCAUAACAUGAACGUGCUCCACAUGCACCUGGAUCUGGCUAACCUGAGGGCCAUACGGGAGUUCUGCAAGGCUUUCUUACAGAAGGAGAAGAGGCUCGACAUCUUGAUCAACAAUGCAGGAAUGCCCAGCGUCCUUGACUGGACAGAUGACAAUUUCAGCAUGUGUUUUGGAGUGAAUCACCUCGGACACUUCCUGCUGACCAAUCUGCUGCUCGGCCGGCUGAAGGAGAGCGCCCCCAGCAGGAUCAUCACCCUAACCUGCUCCAACUACAAGUAUCAAAAGCUGGACUUCCAGGACCUCAACUACAACCUGCUGCCCUUCUUCACGUACUGCCGCAGCAAGUUGGCCAACAUCUACUUCACCCAGGAGCUGGCACGACUCAUGGAGGGCAAAGGCGUGACGGCCUAUUCCGUGCAUCCUGGGUACGUGAGCAGCGCUUGGACAUGCCACUAUUCCAUCCUCUUCCGGAUGCUGAUGCAAGUGGUCAUGUUCAUGUUCUUCGUGCCCUGCGAGCUGGGCGCUCAGACGGUGGUGCACUGCGCCGUGGCGGACGGCGUGACGCAGCACAGCGGCUGCUACUUCAGCGACUGCCGGCCCGCGGCCCUGCGGCCCUUCGCCAAGGACCCCAGCGUGGCCAAGAAGCUGUGGGAGGCCAGCGAGAGGCUGGUGGGGUUACCUUGACAACCCUGAUCAUCUUCUCUUCAGUCUUAGCCAAUAUUUAUUUAAUGAGCUUGAUCAUUUAAAGAUUGAUUUCCAAAGGCUUUACAGUUAAAGGACAUUCAGGUUUUAAUGUUGUGAAAGAAACUGAAAUGGUUGCCGAUGUAAAAAGAAAAUAUUUAUUGUGCUAUGCAUUAGACUCUGGUUUAGUUGGUGUCUGCAUAUUUUGUUCUUGAAUCUAUUACAACUGAUAAAACCUUUUCUGUGGUCAUUAAGGGAAGAAAGUUCACAUUUUCAGUUGUCAAAACCUAUUUCUUAAUAAAUGUUCUACGAGGAACUUCA